CUCAACUUGUUUACGUCAGUCACCUAAUUGACAAACGAGAAAUUCGAAGUUUAAACGCCAUGGGUACCAUAAAGGCCGGAUAUCUCAACAAAUUAAGCGGUUUCUUCAAGAAUUCUUGGAAGAGGAGAUACUUCGUUUUAUAUCAAGAUGGCGUAUUCUGUUAUUACCAAGACUCGAAGGAUAAGGAAUGUGACGGUAAAAUCCAUAUGAAAACAGAAUGCCGCCGAAUAAAUGUUGGUCAAGCCGUCGGAGUAGGAGUAAAGCCUCCUAAGGACAAUGAUAUAAAUGCCAUGUUCUGUGUUUCUUCGCCCGAACGGACGUGGUAUCUCUAUGCAGAAAGCGAGAGUGAAGCAAGAGAUUGGAUUUCAGUCUUAGAACAAGCUCGAGUUCCACUUACAUAUGGUGGUCAACAAAAUCCUCCUAUGGCUGGUUCCUAUCCUCCAUACAGUCCUCCUAGCACAGCUGGAUAUGGAACAGGAGCACCUCCUGGAUAUGGAGCGACAGCCCCUCCCACAGGGUAUGGUGCAGCAGCACGCCCUCCACCCAUUGGUUUUAAUCCUUCAGUUGUACAAGGAGCAGCACCAUCUGGUCCCCCACCACCAUACUCCCAGGGCCCUAUUCAGCCCCAAGCAGCGUAUGGCCAGCCACCACCUUAUCCACCAGGACCAGGAUAUGGGCCUCCUUCUUAUCCUCCAGCUAAUGCCCCAGCUAAUGCCCCAGCUAAUGCCCCACAACAGCCAGGCUAUCCACCACAGCCCCAUCCCUACCCACAGCAGCCACCAGCAAUGCACCCACAGCAACCUCCUGGACCUUACCACCCUACCCCUCCCCCUGGUCAAUAUCCACAGCAGGCAUACUAUCCUGGCCAAAGCACAACAUACAUGCAGGGUGGUAAGCCGCAGACUGUGCAUGUACAACAGCCUCCUCAGCAGCGUCACAGUGGAAGGAACAAAAUGAUGAUGGGAGCUGCAGCAGGUGUUGUUGGUGGAGCAGCAAUGGGUUAUAUGCUGGGUCACACUGUAGGAGGGAUCGGGCAUCAUGGCUUUGGGGGGUGGGGCUCUGACCAUUCAUGGUCUUCUGGAGGAAGUUUUGAUUGUGACUUUGACUAAAGAAAAAAUAAUUAUCCCUUGUAAUUUUUUGGUCAAAUGACAUUUUUUUCUUUCAUUUAAUAGCCAAGGAUGAAAAGAGGAAACAAUGGGAGGACCAGUUUCUUUUAUUUAUUUUUUUGAAAUGUUGCUGUCAAUGUUAGAGCAGGUGGCUAUGACCACAACAGGGGCUAUGGCUAGACAAAUAUUAACAAAAAAAAUUUACACUUUUUCAGUAAGACCACCAAUAAGGGGUUUGAAAGCAGUGGCCACUAGGUUUUAUUCAUUGAACUCCUUGGAAGUUUUUAACCAACAAUGUCUAAUUGCCUCGUAACUGUUUCACAGGUUAGGUACAAUUUCUUUAAUUUGUGAGAAAUAAUUUUUUAUCAAGACUCUGAAGUUAGGGAAGUAUAACACCAUUUUCUGCAGUGCAUAAAAUAUCAUUAUUUAUUUUUCCCUUUUGAUAACUGGAUUCUGAGUAUUUAUCUUGAAGUAUUAUCUUAAGGAUAAAGAUGCAAGUACUAGUGUAGGACUAACCCUUAAACUCUCAGAAGUGAUUAACAUGUAACUUCUCCCUAUAAUAUCCAUACAUUCUCCAGUUAACAGGUAAUGAGAA